AGGUUCCAAACGCAAACCCUAUGAAGCAUCGCCCAACAGAAAGGCCUGACGUCCCUGACUUGCACGACCACGAUCUACUACGUUCUCUUUUGCCCUGUACCUUUUUCCUGACACUCAUAAAAUGAUUAAACCGAGCAACAUAUCGUCAAAGUACGAUUUACUGUCGCCCCUCAGAUAGGACACGUUGCAGAGCACGAAUGUCAGCAUGCAUCUAAGUAUAUGAAAAAGCGAAAGUUUGUUAUAUCGAUAACGUUUGGAAGUAACACGAUAAUGGUAUUGGUAAUAUUCAGAAGAUGUUAGAAGUUCUGAAGCUGUUGUUUGGUGAAGAGAAGCAGACGAGCAGCCUGGAAAAACUCAUUCCAGCUUUCUUUCGCACGGAUGCCGAAGCAAACGCGGAGUCAGCGCACAAUCGAGCGGUAGUCGCGACUGCUGGAGCUAUCGCAACGGCGACUAUACUUCUCGCUGCAUUGCAUAGGUACAAUUUUAUCAAGGCGAAAAAAACCACCAGAAACAGAUUAGAAGACGACAAUCAUCAAAACAGCGACUCACCAGAAAGAAAACCGCGCAAAACCGCAUGGUUUCUCACGGAGCAGCUGACGCGCGUGUCAGUGCGCGACCUUGGCGCGAAACUUUUUUUCCGCCAGAGAGACUCGCGUCAGAGGCAAAGCCGCUUUUCAACCGCGGAAACAAAUGAGUCCCCGAUCGUGUUCGACUUCAAGCCGGGUACUGCGCUUCUCGCGGGUCCAGCCUACGCCGACCCGGACGCGAAUAACCCGGUCGCUUACGUACCACCCGCAGGUUUUCGGGUCUACGAUUUCCUCUCCAAAGUGGCGUUUCCGAAUCCCUCGUCGGAUAGAAGAAACCACCGCCUGAUGAACGACAAACAAGCUCCCUUUUUCAUCUGCGUCGACAAAGCUCUCGCGGGGGUGGAAUUGGAAGACGAGGUUGAAGCCGCGGCACUAUACGACCGGUUCCAGUUCCGUUUGUCCUGGAUUACUGCAGUGAGAACUCUCGCGGACGCUCUGGACGAGAAGCAGAUUCUAGCGUUUCUCGCUACGGGACUAGGCUUCGCGUACGACAAGACCAAGCCAGCACGGGUGAACGUCUGGGAGUAUGUGAAAGCGAUGCAGCUGGCGCACAACUACUUAGUACUGUUCCCAUCAGCGGUUGAAGGAGUUGCUGAUGCAGGUGAUACUGCCGCUACACCAACAGCGACGCGUACACAGACUCUGCCUUUGGUGCGAGUGGACUUGACGUACGACACCUGGGGAAACAUCAAACAAAGUCUGCGCGCCGGGCGGCCUCAUUUGGUGCUGCAUCCGGACGUCGAGGCGCGAAGGGAUAUGAGCGAAGUGGAAAAACAGGCCCUGCAGCUAGAGGCGAUCAUUCACGAAUACGCAGACAGGUAUCCUACGCUACAGCCGACAAAAGAGGGUGGACUGGGCGACAACGCGAAUAUCUGUCUUGCGAACUUCGUGAAGCAGAAUGUUGAUAAUGAAACAAACGCUUCUCUUGGUACAACAGCACCUGCUUCCCCGACGAGAACUUCGCUCACAAGAGAGAGGAUCCCAGCCGUAGCCGCCACCCCACCGCGACGGCCGUCGCUGAUGCGGGAAGAGUUCGACGUGCCAGAAAGUGCUACCUCGGUCUACGGUUCCUUCGUGGACGCUGCGAAGUCAACCGACGCGCUGACGAAAUUCCGAAAUCUUUCCGGCAACAAACCGCUGAAGAAGCUGGGGAGAGUGUUGACCCUGCGGGAGAUCAUCUACGACGUCGUGGGUAAUUUCCACGACAUCCAAGACUACGAGGACAAGGCACAUUACCUGGCCGCGGCCUCGACCGACGGCGAGCGGCAGGCGGUGAUUAACGUACUGCGGGGCGUCGAGUGGGGCGAGUUUUUCGGCGUGCUGAAAACCAUCGCGAAAAACAAGACCACGGGUGUAUGGGAGCGUCAGGAUUGAAAUCGACAAAGUUGAAAUAACUUGUAAUGCAUAAAAUCGAUACCAGUUAGAAGCCCAAUUACCAAGCGGCGCAUGACAAAUUUUGGCACCGUCUAAGUCCAGUUUGUCAUGUUGUUUAGGGACAGAAGGCGUCCUUUGUCAUGCUACUUUAGCAGCUGCAUCGCAGACCCCAAACAGGCUGACAGUCGGCCUUACUUGCCAUCCCUGCAAGAGAGGCACUUCAUGCCUUGCAGUUUAUGCAUGAGAAAUCAUUUCAACUUUGACGAUUUCAAUCCUGACGCUUCCACAGGGCCGUGCAGAGCCGAUCGAACGGGUGAAAAUGAUACGAGAACUGUUUGCGAAGCACGUCACGGAUGACAGAGACGAGAAAAGAAGAAGGCUGGAAAGAAUGUCCAAACAUGGAGCCACCCAUAGCUGUAUCAGUUUCAUCUGUAAGCUAGUCCAUGCUUUGGAGCCUCCCAUGGCCACAUCUUCAGACAAGUGA